AUGAGGCUCCUAUCUGGUGCAGCACGAGCCGUCGCCGUUGUCCUCGGUGGAAGCGUGUUCAGUUCAGCUCCUUCGCAGGCUGUGCCUUCCGACGAUACCGACUCCGCCUUGCUCCAACCUGCAUCUAGGGGCGGCAUCGAUCUCCUUGGCUUCGAUGCUGUCGAACAGGCGCCUGAAUUGAUCAGUCGAAGAGCGGCCCAGCUCAAUGCGCGGCAGCUAAGCGGAGACAACAAAGCUUUCCCUCCUCCGCCCACAAAAGGAGGUAUCUGGAAGAAGGGCUACGCACAUGCCAAGAGCCUGGUGAGUAGCGGGUCGUUCGUCCAAGUCACUGAAGUGCUCCCUUCCCAAUGAGUCGGCGCUUACAUGCUCGAUUAAUCUUCCUUGUAGGUUCAUCAAAUGACUAUCGAAGAAGUUGUAAACGUCACGACUGGAUAUUCCGGAACAUGCGUCGGCUUCUCUGGAGAAGUACCUCGCCUGGGACUCAAAGCUGCGUGCCUGCAGGAUGGGCCCAUCGGUCCUCGUCGUGAGUUGUGCUUACAGCACACACCACUCCUCGCCACGCCGCAUUCACUCGAGGCUUGACAUCUUUCUGCCACUUGCUCUUGCUGCAGCUGUGCGUCGCGUCAGUCAAUUUCCUGCCGCCAUCACCACUUCCGCAACCUGGGACCGCUCCCUAUUUUACGCUCGCGGGGAGGCAAUGGGUAGACAGUUCAAAGCGAAAGGCGUCGACAUGGCUCUUUCACCCGUCACUGGAGGUCCAAUCGGUCGAAGCCCAUUGUCCGGUCGCAUCUUCGAAGGUUUCGGCCCCGACGUCUAUCUGCAUGGUGCUGCAAGCUACGAGACUGUCAUCGGCUUGCAGAAGAAUGGACUGAUGGCCUGCUCGAAGCACUGGAUAGCGUACGAGCAAGAGACGUUCAGAAACCAGUACAACAACACUGAACCGUACUCCGUCUUUCCGAAGAACGAGCAAAGUCCAAUCGACAGCGUGCUCGAUGACAGAACCACUCACCAGCUCUACAUGUGGCCUUUCGCUGAGGCUGUCAGGGCUGGCUCUGCGGCGGUGAUGUGCAGCUACAAUGAGGUCAACGGAAGUCAUGCGUGCGGCAAUGCUCAGAUCCUCAACGGCCUACUCAAGACCGAGCUGGCGUUUGCCGGACCUGUCGUCAGCGAUUGGGGAGGCACAUGGGACAACAUCAAUAGCUGGCCAAAUGGUCUCGACGUCACCAUGCCCGGCUCGGCGUACGACGGUCAAUUCGGAUACUUUGGAGGCAGCGGACUUAUCGACGCGGUGAAGAAUAGCACCAUCCCCAUGGAUCGCGUCAAGGACGCCGCUGUGCGACUCUUGACUCCUUGGUUCGACCAUCAAGGCAACAACCUGACUUGGCCCGAAGUCAGCUUCGACGUCAGAGACUUGACGGUGCCGACCAAGGGCGUCCGCAAACCAAGCGAUGCUGACCUGAUCAGAAGGAUCGGUGAAGAGAGCAUUACCUUGCUGAAGAACGUCAAGAGCACGAACGAUUCCAGAGGCUUGCCGCUCAAGGAUCCGAACGAGCUCAGCUCCAUCGCCAUUCUGGGCCAGGACUCAUCUGCCAACCCUUCGGGCUGGACUGCCUGUCUCCCUGACGGAGGAAAGUGCCCCACGCCCUACAACAACGGUACACUACCUGCAGGAGGUGGUUCUGGAUGGGCUAACCCCAGCUACGUCAUCGACCUCUACGCUUCCAUGCAGCACCAUGCUCGCAGUGCAGCUUACGACGUCAACCAUGACAAUUCAAGAGGCUCGGCAGAUCUGACCAACUUUAGAAAUCAAGCCAACGUAUCCGAAGUUGCUGUGGUUAGCGUCAGUGCCUGGACGAGCGAGGGCUACGACAGGGCCAAUCUCACGCUAAGUGGAGAGGGUGAAGAACUCAUCAAAGCAGCGGCCGAGAUGAACAACAACACCAUCGUGGUGAUUCACGCGCCUGGGCCUCUGCUGAUGGAAGACUGGAUCGUAAGUCAGGAGCUGAUGCUGCGUGUUGCAAUCUCGCCGCUGACGCGCUCGCCUUGCUGCACCCUAGGAUCACCCUAACGUCACCGCUGUUCUCUUCGCGUACUAUCCUGGAGAGGCUGGCGGCUCUUCCAUUCCACCCAUCCUGUUCGGUGACAAGUCUCCAUCGGGCAAGCUACCUUUCACCAUCGGCAAGGCCCUGGAAGACUACCUACCUAAGAGCAUCGUUGACGAUCACGUCGUCGACCCCGUCUCCAACUUCACCGAAGGCAUCCUCGGCGGUGAUUAUGCAUGGUUCGAGCACACCAACCACACACCACGCUAUCCCUUUGGCCACGGGCUAAGCUACGCCAACUUCAGCUUCUCAAACCUCGACGUGCAGGCCAAGCAUGCUGCUGACAACACGUCCAUUGCACCAACCAACGAGCGUUGGUCUUCCGAGCUGGGAGCGCAGAGCGAAUCACUUUACGAUCAGCUCCUCCUACUCACUGUGGACAUCACCAACACCGCAUCGAAGUCUAAUCUGGGCUACUCCGGACCGGCUGCCGAGGUAGCGCAGCUCUACGUGUCAUGGCCUGAGGAGUCGAGCGACAACCCAAGAGCUCUGAGGGGUUUUGAAAAGGUGUGGCUGGAUGCUGGAGAGAGCAAGACCGCUUCGUUCUCAGUGCGCAGAAAGGAUCUCAGCUCCUGGGACACCGAAAAGCAAGAGGUGAGUCAAGUAGUGAUUGUCCAGACUCGUUGUACGGUCUCAUUGACGCCAUAAGUAUCGCUUGUACGUUCGUGACAGUGGCAACUAUCCAGCGGCAAAUACACCUUCAAGGUUGGAUCAUCCAGCUCAGACCUGCGCAGCACCGCAAGCUACUCAUUUUAA